CACCAAUCAUCAUAAGGAAUAAGGAAUUAUCUACCUUGUGGUACUUGCAUACCGAUAGACCCAUUUGUGACCUUUGAUAAGGCUAAUGUCCACGGUAUUCGUAUUCAGUUACAUGCCCGGCCAUUCUUAAUUUAUUUAACAUUAAUGUAACAGGAAAACCAAGGUAUUACAGCUGAGCAUUCCGUUGUCAGCCGGAUGGAAACUUGCAGUGAUCGUUAUCUAAAUACCCGCCUUAUCUUUUAAACCGGAUCUUCAUUACAUUUUAGGAACAUAAUGGCUGCAGAAUCAGAGGAAAAAGCUUUGCACUAUAGAAGAGCUCAAAGUGUAACGCGAGCCGAAGAAAUUACAGAACAAGAAACUAAAGCAAGGAAGUCACAGCAAGAUAAACCAAUCCAUAAGCCAAGAGAUUCCCUGUUCUCAUGGAGCUCAGGGUUCAAGAACUUUACAGGCCUGGUGAACUGGGGGUUUCUCAUGCUGUCUAUUGGAGGCUUGCGCUUGUUCCUUGAAAAUUUCCUCAAGUAUGGUUUUCGUGUGAAGCCCAUAGAAUGGUUCAUUAUUCUUACUGGCGGGAAUGAAGGUGCCCAAAAUGAAUUCCCAUCACUAGUAUUAAUAAUUUUCUCUGUGGUACUUGUUGUUGCAAGUCUGCUGAUAGAGAAAGCCAUUGCUGUGGAUAUGAUAUCCGGAAAAUUUGGAAGUAUCCUACAAGUAUGCUACCUUAUUAUACUGGUGACUUUACCUGUGGCUGUUUUACAAUACAAGGGUCAAGAAUUUAGUCUUGUGGGGGGAACAACAGUGUGUUUUAUUUAUUUAAUAUUAUUCUUGAAAUUAUGGAGCUACGCCCAAACUAAUCACUGGGUCCGUAAAGGAGCAAAGGGCAAGUUCUCCAAGAACACUUUGCGGAGACAGAGUCUAUCUGCACCCAAUUACAAUGAGCUCAUUAGCGCGGAACAAGAUCAAACCAUCGAGGAGAAAGGCGACGCGUUCGCGGUCGCCGGGCUUGUGAGGUACCCCGACAACCUCAACCUCAAAGACCUGUUUUACUUCCUGCUCGCGCCAACCCUGUGUUAUGAAUUGAAUUUCCCUCGCACUAGACGAAUUCGCAAGCGCUUUCUGAUCAAACGUCUACUCGAGGUAGUGUUCGGCGUGAACUUGGUGCUGGCGCUGUUCCAACAGUGGAUGAUCCCGUCCGUCACCAACUCCAUUGACACCUUCUCUAGGAUGGACUACCUGAAGAUGUUGGAGAGACUGUUGAAGCUUGCUGUGCCAAACCAUCUCAUGUGGCUGUGCUUCUUCUACCUGAACUUCCACUCGUUUCUGAACCUAAUGGGCGAGUUGUUGCACUUCGCCGACCGGCACUUUUACGGCGACUGGUGGAACGCGAACAACAUCGGCACGUUCUGGCGCACGUGGAACCUGCCCGUGCACAAGUGGGCCGUGCGACACGUUUACAUUCCUAUAACUGAGAUGGGGUACAGCAAAACUACCGCCAGCGCCGCUGUGUUCCUUAUCUCAGCGUUGUUCCAUGAGUAUUUGGUGAGCGUCCCCCUGCAAAUGUUCCGCGUGUGGGCAUUCCUGGGCAUGAUGGCGCAGCCGCCGCUGUCGGUGAUCUCCCGCUUCGCCGAGGUGCGGCUCGGCCCGCGCUACGGCAACCUCAUCGUGUGGAGUUCCAUCAUCCUCGGCCAGCCGCUCGCCAUCAUGAUGUACUACCACGACUACGCGCUCCAGCACUUUAAACCGCAGGAACACUGAAUACAGACUACAAAUUGUGACAUUUCCAAUCAAAAAGUACCACUUUGUCGCUUGCCAUAAGGUAAGGACGCUUUGAAGUUAUUCGUAAGGGUGGAUUCCACCUGCCCAAUUUCUUUGUCCAAUGUGCAUUAAUGCGUUUCACUCUCUCAUUAAGCAAAAUGGGAGACGCAAAUACACAUUGGAUCAAGAUAUUUCACAAAUGGAAUACCAUCCUAUGAUAGGUUCAAGCAAAUUGUGUCUUUAUGAUAAGCGACAAAGUGGUCCCUUUUUCUUGAAAACUACACAAAUACCUAUUAGCUGCGACAGUCACUAGUCCAUUAAAAUUAAUAGUUUAAAUAUUUUCGGUAUUCAAGAGUUAGAUAUUCGUAAGGACAAAGGACAGCAAUUUUGACUUACCACCCGUUAAUGAGUGUAAUUAUACAACAAUAUUUACCAAAAUUGGCGCCAAAUAUUUUUAUUAUUACCCAAAUUAUUAAUCACUACAAAUAUGUUAUAUCAGUUAUACAUUAAGAUAGAAACGUAAUAGAAGCUCAAUUGAAGUGCCAUUAGGUGUUGAUAAAUUUAUUUAUAAUCUUAUAAGGGUGUUAGGUGGAGGGUACUGGGCUUUAUAAUGUGCUGGUUAUUAUAUCAUACUUGUUAACUAUAUUGAGGCAUUUGGGUGUAAAUGUAUAAGACUGAGUCCUCACCGCGCUUUGUGCCUUAUUAUAUUUGCGCUUGUGAUAAACGCGUUCAUGACCAUAUUUUAUAUAUUGAUUUAUGAAUAAGCACAAUACUUUUGUACCUAUAUGUGAAUAUUUAUUAUGGGAGUAAUAAAUAAUUCACUUGAGAUUAUUAUGAAAUAUAGAUUAAGAGUUAAUUGUAAUUUUCAGGAUGAAAAUAUUUUUAUAAAAGAUGUCUGUUAUUAUGUAUUGCAUUUAUUUAUAUUAUUAUUUAUUGAAUACCAUUAAUUUUUACAUUUAGAACCAUAUUUUCUUAAUUAGGUUUAAGAUAAUUUGUUACAUGGCAUAUCAAAUUUCUACUUACUAGGUAACUAUGUACAU